AUGGCACCCUCGUUAGACACACUCAUUCCAUCUCCACCCACCGCCUUUCAGGAGGUACACGAUAUAUCAGAGAUCCAGUAUGCCAAGAAAGUUGCAAUUGAGGUGUCGGUGAAGUCAGCAGAUGAGUUCAGCGAUGGACAACAAUCUGUGGGAGAAAGCAUGGAAGACAUCUUGCGGGAGCUAUGGGCGGAUGUCCUCGAUAUCGACCCUGAAGACAUCAGCCCCGAUUCACACUUCUUCGAGCUUGGCGGCAAUUCCCUCGCAACAGCCGAGCUAGUGGCAGCGGCCACCCACCAAUAUCCCGGAAUAUGCCUCUCUCGCGAGAUGGUCUUCCAAGCACCCUUCUUCGCCGACCUGGCAGCCCUCGUAACCCUGGCGGGAGCUGGCUCUCCCACGGCCGAGACAUCAUCUUUGCAGCCGUUCGGGCUGGUCGAUGACGAGGACGUCAAAAUUGCAGCUGAACAGUGUGGUGUUUUGCGAGAACAUAUUGAGGACGUGUACCCAGCCACAGCACUGCAGGCUGGCCUGAUGGCUCGAUCACUCAGCAUCCCUGGGUCGUAUGUGUCACAAUGGCUCUUCCACUGUGCCUUUCCUGUCGAGCCUCAGAGCCUGUGCGAGUGGCUGGAGCGGACAAUACAGAAAUUGCCUAUUCUACGGACUUCUAUGGCCACUUCUGCAGAGCAUGGCUUUGUACAAGUUGUCCUUUCACGAAAAAUUCAAGUUGAGAUCGUCCGAGUUUCAUCGCUAGACAAAUGGGCCGAGGACUUUCCACGGCCUUCCAUUGCUUUGGGAACACCGCUCUCGAGAAUGAGGGUAGUUGUUGCCGAAGACCGAGAAACACCUUCGGUGUUGUGGCAUGCUCAUCAUGCCGCCUAUGAUAUGGCCACUCUCGAGCUCAUCGCCAAACAUCUUGGUGAUGUCGCAUCAGGAGCAGAGAUGCUCCCACAACCGCCUAAUUUUAAUUCAUUCGUCUCUUACAGUCUCGAGGUUCGGAAAAGCCCUGAUGGGAAGGCAUUCUGGUCGCAGCAGCUGCUGGACGUUCCAACUCCAGCCUUUCCCUACGCCGCUGAGGCUCUGGACUCAUCUCCAGAUCAGCUGGUCUCACCAUUCCGCACCAACGCAUUAUACACAUAUCCCCUGCCUCACACGGACACAAAAAUGAACUUUACCCAAGCCAACGUGUUUCGGGCAGCUUGGGCGUUCCUCCUCGGCUGCUACGAGCAUUCUAACGACGUGGUCUUCGGUGUGACAAAUGGAGGCCGGUAUGCACCAGUGGCAAAUUGCACCGGUAUCGUCGGACCCAUGAUAGCGACAUCACCAAUGCGCGUGAAGUUGGACUACUCGUCAACUGUGUCCGAGUUUCUCCAACAGACAAGUUUGCAGGCGGUCCAGAUCAACGACUGGGAGCAGGUCGGCCUGUCCGCCAUCCAUGACCUCGGGCCCGACGGCCAAAAGGCAUGCGGUUUCAGAACACUAGUCAAUGUACAGACCACAGACGCAAUGCGCCGCAGCCAAUUUUUAAUGGCCCCUGACGACGGCCCUGAAGAAGCCGACGCAAUGGACUAUGGUCUGGUGCUGGAGCUGUUUCCGCGCGAAGGCAGCACGGUGCCCCUGCGCCUGUCCUACGAUAACCGCGCCUUGCGUCACGAUCAGGUGUUCGAAAUUGCGAGGCAGCUCGAGAAGGUCAUCGCGGCCUUCACGGCUUACCCGGAGGCCACGCUGAACAGCGUUUCAGACAAUUUGGACGGCACAUCAGAUCGGGGUGGACUUGACGCCAGGAUCAGAAAGCAUGCGGCCGUCGAGUGUGGUGUCUUGGAUGAAAUGGUGCGAGAGGUCCACCUUUGCACUUCCACACAGGAAUACUCAAUGGAAGCAUCGCUCCAAAAUCCGUCUGCGUAUUCAUCACAGGUUGUUUUCAAGGUUUCGGAGGACGUUGGACGCGACGAGGUGGUGGUCGCGUUUGAAGUCUUCUAUCAGCAUGCACCGAUCCUCCGGACGCGUCUUUUCCGUGCCCCCGGCGGACGGCUCAUGCAAGUUGUUAUAGCAGAGCCUAUCGACUGGAGAGAGUGCCUCGACCUGGAAGACUACACCAUCUCCGAUGGUGAACUGGGCUUUAAGCUUGGAAGCCCACUUGUUCGCUUCGCGCUUGUACGUGGACUGCACCGAAACAGCAGAGUUCACUGGGUCGUCAUGACCGCACACAGUGCGGUCUUCGACACGGCCAAGACUCACAAGAUGCUCCAGUUCCUCAAUGCAGCAAUACCUGGGUCGGGCUUGUCUGUCCCGAGCACUCUGUUUACUCUCUCACCCAAGACCAGCUCAGAAGAUUCAGUCGACCAAGCCGAGACUCAGAAAGCCUUCUGGGCUCGAACGCUGCAGGAUUGUGCAACUCCAAACUUUCCUGAGAUCCCAGCGGCACAUGAGCCCCUAGCAAACUCCUAUGCACACAAGAACAUCAUGUUGCACAAACCCGCUCCAGGCUCAUCCUCGACACUGACCGCGUGGGUUCACGGUGCCUGGGCUCUAACCCUUUCGAAGUACCAGGACUCUGGCGAUGUCAUCUUUGGCGCCGCACUGGCAUCUGAUGAAGACGCGCAGCCGACUAUUGGACCCACGCUGGCGGUUGUACCGCAGCGCAUCAAUAUUGAUGACCUAGACUGUACAAUCUCCCAAUUCGUGGAAGCCGUGGAGGCUGACAUCCAGUCUGCGGCUGGCCAUGUCGAGUAUGGUAUUGAAAGCAUCAAGAAUGUGAGCGAUUCUUGCGCGGCGGCCUGCAAAUUCCAAAACCUCUUGAUCGUGCACUCUCAGCCCGGGAAUGACCGGGCUAGCGCCAGCAGCGCAUUCACUCUAGGUGAGGAGGCUGAGACCGGGAAGAAUCCGAGCCAGGUCGUACGGGACUACGCGCUUGUACUUGAGGUCACCUCAUCUGCAAGCGAUGGUACACUCACCAUGGAGGUUGGAUUCGACCCCAUGGUCCUGGAACAGGUGCAAGUCAGGCGUCUCUUGGACCACUUCGAGCACGUUCUGCUCCAGACCUGCGACAUCAGCUCUGAGUCUUGCCUGAGAGAUAUCUACCAUAUCGCUCCAUCCCAUUGGGAAGAGCUGCAGAAGUGGAACGGCAACGUCCCGGAACCCCUCGAGAAAGGUGUACAUGAGCUCUUCGAGAGUCGCGUGGACCUUCAGCCUGAUGAGCCAGCCAUUUGUGCCCGCGACGGCGAGUGGACGUACGCAGAGCUGGAUGCUGUCUCGGAGAAACUGGCCAGGUGGCUCCGUUCCAUGGGCGUGAAGUCUGGCUCUUACGUGCCUUUGCUAUUUGAGAAGUGCGGCCUCACCAUCGUCGCAAUGCUCGGAGUCCUGAAGGCGGGCGGCGCCAGCGUCGCCCUCGAUCCGUCGCAUCCUACGAAGCGGCUCCAGGGGCUUGUUUCUGGCAUGGGCGAGUGCAUUGUGGUCUCCAGUGGCCAGAACCGUGAGCUGGCGACAAGCCUUGGGCGUCGUGUCGUUGUGCUUGAUACCAACACGCUGCGGGCUUUGGCUGGGCGGCCUUCUCUUCCACGCUUGACGGAGGAGGUCGAAGUUGCACCCGAGACCACUGCCUUUGUUCUAUUCACGUCUGGCUCGACCGGAAUGCCGAAGGGAAUUUUGAUUCCCCACAAAGCCUUUUCUAGCAGUAUCCGAGGACAUGGUGAGGUCCUUCGCUUCACGACAGGUCCCGGAUCGCGCAACUUCCAGUUCACAGCAUACACUUCCGACGUGAGCAUUGGAGAGAUCUUCACCUCCCUUGCUCUGGGAUCCUGUGUGUGCGUCCCGUCAGAUUGGGACCGCAAAAACAACAUCGCCGGCGCCAUGCGGGAUUUCAAUGUGAAUUGGGCGUUCUUCACGCCAAGUGUCGCGACACUGCUGCGCCCUGCCGAAGUUCCCUCUUUGAAGACACUUGUCUUCGGUGGCGAGACGGCAUCUCCGGAUAACUUCAAGACCUGGGCCCCAUACUUGUACCUGAUCAACAGUUUUGGCCCAGCGGAGACAUCCAUCUGGUCGCACUGCAUCCCACGCCCUGUCGAGCUGAGCGACUUCGGCAGCAAUAUCGGCUAUGGCGUCAGCUGCGCAACCUGGAUCACAGAUCCCGAUGAUUACAACAAGCUGCUCCCGAUCGGGGCCAUUGGCGAGCUGCUCACCGAAGGCCCUAACGUCGCCGCUGGAUACCUGAACGCAACCGAAAAGACUAACGCGACGUUUGUGACGAACCCUGCAUGGAUGCCAGCUGACCGGAAGUCUAUGAGGAUAUACAGGAGUGGUGAUCUUGCCCGCUUCCUGCCAAAUGGCAUGGUUCAGUUUCUCGGCCGGCGCGACCAUCAAGUCAAACUGAACGGUUUGCGAAUCGAGCUUGGAGAGAUCGAGCAUCAAAUCCGGCAGAAGGUUCCCGACAACAUGCUUGUCGCCGUCGAUGUGGUCACUCCGCACCCAGUGGGCUCAGCACGAAUUUUGGCCGCGUUCAUCGCGCCCAAGGAUCCUCUCCAGACCACAGACCAGGGAGAGAACAGCGCCGCCAUCUCCUCCUCAGCCGACCCGGAGGCCCAAAAGCUCCUUUCCCUCCUGGUGAGCGAGACCUCCGAGAUAAUGCACGACGCCCUCGACGGACUGGAGGACGCCCUGAUCUCCUCGCUGCCACGACACAUGGUCCCCACCGCGCUCGUUCCCCUGCGCGAGAUGCCUCUUACUGCAUCCGCCAAGACAGACCGAAAAGUCCUAAAGCAACUCGCGUCCAUGGUCCCCACCGCGGAGCUGGUUCGCCUGGGAACGAGUGGCAAGACGCGGCAGUUGCACGCCCCCGGAACUGUGAUGGAGCGCGUGCUCGCGAGACUGUGGGGAGUCGCACUCGGCCGCGAGCUUGAGCUCGACGUGCGGGACAGUUUCUUCAAGAUUGGCGGUGACUCGCUUUCCGCGAUGCGUCUUGUCUCCUUGGCUCGGCGUGAUGGAAUCAAGGUCUCCGUGGAGCAGAUCUUCAAGCGCUCUGUACUUCAGGACAUGGCGCAGGUGGCGAUCAUGGCUGACAACGAACGUGAGGACGAUGGGGCUGCGGUUCAUGGCUCAGAUUCUCCUUCAAGCAUUACUGUCGCCCCGUACGCGACUGUUGGGGGCACUGAAGCAGCAGGGUCCGGCCUCCUCCAGUCUGCGGCGGACCAAUUGGGCAUAGAGGAGAGCGACAUCGAGGAUAUCUAUCCUUGCACCUCCCUGCAAGAGGGACUCCUGGCCGUCUCUCAAGAUGCCAAAGGAAGCUAUGUCGCCCAGAUGGUACACGAGCUGUCGCCUGACACCGACCUCCCUCGGUUCCAGAAGGCAUGGUCCACCGUAUUGGAAAAUUGGCCGAUUUUGAGAACUCGCUUCUUCCCUUGGCUUUUGGAUGAUGGCAGUGUGCGGCUUAUGCAGGCGGUCGUCAAGUCGAAGCCCCGUUGGUUGAAGCCUCGCAGCCUGAACGACUACCUGAAGCUUGAUGCAAGGGACAAGAUGCAGACUGGUGACAGCAUGCUCAGGCUGGCGGCUUUCCAAGACAAGAAGACUCAAAAGCACUACUUCGUCAUGACCAUCCACCAUGCUGUGUAUGACGGGUGGAUGUUGGGUCUACUUUUGACAGCUGUUCGGCGCGCCUAUUCCGGCAUGCCAAAGCCAACGACUAUCCCGUACAACGUCUUCAUCAACCGGCUCGAGGCUACAGACGCCGAGAAGAGCCAGAGCUACUGGCAGCGCUACGUCAGUGGUGCUCCCCGACUGUCUUGGCCUGAGCUGCCAGCAUUGGACUUCCGACCCAAGUCCAACUGCGUACAGACGAUCACCUCAUCUCUGCCCGGUGACAGAAGCGCCAAGAGCUUUACGCCGACGACAUGGCUGCGCACAGCGUUCGCUAUCCUUCUCGGGGCGUACUCAUGCACUGAUGAUGUUGUCUUUGCCUCGACUGUGUAUGGACGUGCGUCUGGUCUCUUGUCCUCGGCCGAGCUGGUGGCCGGUCCAACACUGGCCACUAUCCCAGUCAGGGUUGGCAUUGAGCGAGAGAGGCUGAUAGAUGAGCUCAUGGCGGAAGUUCAGGCCGAUUCAGCGGAGAUGCUGGCCCACGAGCAACAUGGCAUGCAGAAGAUCAGGCGCUACAACAUGGAGGCUCUGGCAAGUGUAGAUGCACAGAGUCUGCUGGUCAUACAGAUUGAUGAACCCCAUGCCGCCGCACCCCAGAACGUGGACACAGAGGCGGCUGAUGGACUCAAGUUCACAUCAACACCCCCCUCUGGGUUGGAGAAUGGCUUCCUCAGCUGCGCACUCGUGCUCGAAGCCACCGUCUCGGGUGACGGCCUCCAUCUCGUUGCAACUCAUGACGACCAGGUACUUCAGCCUGAUGAGGUGCAGAGAUUCCUCCGCCAGAUGACCCACAUCGUGAACCAACUGUGCAACGACAGCUCAGAAGGUCGCCGCAUCGCUGAUCUGAGCCUCGCAGCGCCUGAGGAUGUUGAGGAGAUGCACAAGUGGAACGGUGUUGUCCCAGAACCAAUGCAGGCUCUGGUCCACGAGCUUUUCCGCGCGCAAGCUCAAGAGCAGCCUGAUGCUGAAGCCCUUGUCUCCUGGGAAGGAGUUCUCACGUUCAAAGAGCUGGAUGAUCUGUCUGAACGACUAGCAGGUCAUCUCUGGGACUCGUGUGGGCUGCGACCAGGCAUGCGAGUGCCUCUCAUAUUCGAGAAGAGCAUGUGGGCGGUUGUUGCGAUGAUGGCUGUGCUCAAGGUUGGAGCAGCCAACGUUGCACUCAACCCAGCCCAGCCCCCUGAGACUCUACGGUCGCUCGUCUCGGACGUUGAUGCCGAUUUUGUUCUUUGCAGCGAGAAGAACAUUUCCCUUACUCAAAGUAACUUCACCAAUUUUUUCUGCGUCGGGCCAUCGAUCCGCAAUCACGACGUCUUGGUCGGGAAAAAUGAUGCGCAAGGAAGCAUUACCCCUGAGAACCUAGCCUUCCUUCUCUUCACCAGCGGCAGCACCGGCAAGCCCAAGGCCAUCAUGAUCGACCAUUGUGCAUUUAGUAGCAGCAUGCGCGGCCAUGGUGAGACCCUGUGUUACAAUAAAGGAGGAAGGAAUCUGCAGUUCACGGCUUAUACCUCGGAUGUGAGCAUUGGUGAAAUUUUCACCUCGCUAACUCGUGGUGCCACGGUUUGCAUCCCUUCGGAUGAAGAACGUAUGAACGAUUUGGCCGGUGCCAUGGAACGCAUGCGCGUCGACUGGGCUUUCCUCACGCCCAGUGUUGCGUCUCUGCUGAACCCAGAUCACGUACCGAGCUUGCGAACGCUGCUGUAUGGAGGCGAGACAGCCACUGUUACCAAUGUGAAGACGUGGGCCAAUAGGCUGCAUCUCAUCAACUCGUUCGGCCCGGCAGAGACGUCCAUCUGGAGUCAUGCGCACCCUCACUUCACCGAGGCGGACAUUGGGUCUGAUAUCGGGUGGUCCAUGGGCUGCGCCACUUGGAUCGUGGAUCCCGAUGACUACGGACGGAUCAUGCCUAUCGGAGCCAUUGGAGAGUUGGUGGUUGAGGGUCCUAACGUUGCGGCCGGAUACUACAACAACCCUGAAAAAACGAAGCACGCAUUUGUCAAGAGCCUGCCAUUCCUACCGGAGAACAGGCGCAACCGCAUCUACCGCAUGGGAGAUCUGGCGCGCUGGAUGCCGGGUGGGCGCGUACAGUUCUUGGGCCGUAAGGAUACGCAGGUCAAGCUCCAUGGUCUGAAGGUUGACGUAGGUGAGGUCGAGAACAAGAUUCGCGUCGCCAUGGAUGGGGGAGUCGGACUCGAGGUGGCAGUUGAGAUGAUCGAGAACCCGUCCGACUCGUCCGACUCGCGCCUGGUCGCCUUCAUGAACACCACGCCAGCUGGCCAGCCUCAGGACCGUGAUAAUGUGACGGUUGUCGCAGACGACUUGACCCUCCAGAGCUUUGUCGAGCGCACCAAAGGGCUCCGAGCUGACCUCGCCGCUGUCCUACCAGCCUUCACGAUUCCCAGCUUCUUCGUCCCUCUGACAAGCAUGCCUCUCAGCGCGUCAGCCAAGACAGAUAGAAAGCGCUUGCGCGCACUUGUCGCGGACAUAGGAUUCGCCAGCCUUGCUCGCUUUGCUCUUUCUACUAAACGCACGGUACAGGCACCGCAGAGCAAGACGGAAAAGCUGCUGCACAAGAUGUGGUGCACGGUGCUUGGUCUCGCCCCUGAGGACUUUGGCGUGGAGGCUGAUUUCUUCGAAUGCGGUGGUGACUCUAUCGCAGCUAUGAAGAUGGCUUCCCUGGCGCGUGCGGGUCAAGUGUCGCUGGCUGUGCAGGAUGUGUAUGACCACCCCGUCCUCGGUGCGCUGUCACGGCUGUUGGAAGGCAGGUCGGCUACACCUCAGGGUGUGUCUCUGCCAGAUGUUCCUCCUUUCUCGUUGCUUCCCAAGUCAGUCAAUCUGGAGCUUCUGAAGAUCAGGGCCGCAGACUUCUGUGGUUCACAGCCGCAGGGUGUGGUCGAUAUCUACCCACUGACCGCGACCCAACACUCCAUCGUGCAGCAGACUCUUUCUCGCCCGGGAGCGUUCUGGUUGCAAAACGUCUUUGAGAUCCCUGAAACUGUCGACAUUGAUCGUCUCGAGCGAGCAUGGCGCCUUGUGGUGGCAUCUCAUGCGAUCCUCCGCACUCGCAUUAUUCAGAACCACGACGGCGAGCUUCUGCAGGUAGUCAUGGCAUCGCCUGGCGAGAUCAUGCACGCCAACUGCCCUUCAACAAAUGUCGACACUUUCAUUGCUUUUGAUAAGCACAGAGAGCUUGGUUUCGGACGUCCUCUGACACGUGCUACCUUGCUGAACAAGAAGUGGUUUAUCCUGGCCCUGCACCAUUCCACUUAUGAUGCCUGGUCGAUGAGCAAGGUUUUCGAAUCUCUCGAGCUAGAGUAUGCUCGCCUGGCGGAAGCUGGCUCGGGAGAAACUGAAGUCACUCAAGAACAAGUCAGCUUCAAGCAUUUCGUCAAAGCACUCCAGGACAAAGACCAUGAUGCAGCCACUGCGUUCUGGCGCAACACCAUGGCUGGUGCAUCAACACGACCAUUCAUCCCCCUCAAGUCAGCAGACGACCGAUCGACAAGGUGCCUCCUGCAACACACCAUCGCAUUGCCUUCCACGACGUCCGCCACGCGAGCCCAUGGUACUCAGGCCGAGCUGGCAUACGCUGCGAUUGGUCUGGCCCUGCACCAGCAGCUCCAGACCCCGGACACAGUCCUGCGCCUCGUGUCGACGGGUCGCACGUCAACCACCGUGCCAGGCAUCGAGGACCUCGUCGGCCCGACGGUGACGAGCGUGCCCCUGCGCAUGCAGCACACGGACAGCACCUCAACACUGGGCCGCUUCGUCUCGCACGUGCGCGACCAGCUGCGCGCCCUCGCGCCGCACGAACACGUCGGCUUCGAGGAGGUGGCGCGCGUGCACCCCGACGCCGAGGCAGCAUGCGCCGUGGCGCCUCAGGUGGUUGUCCAUCCGUUCGAUCCGUAUGCCGAGCAGGCUGCGGGUGGUAUCGGUCUGAAGAGGAGGGAGCUCUCUGUGUUUAACGAUGAUGGAGCGCCGUUCACCAUUGACGUGUCUCUGGUCUCGAAGGGCAAGGUGCUGGAGGGCAUGAAUGUGCGUGCCCUGUUUUCUGAUUCGGUGAUUGAGGAGCAGGGUGUGAGGAGGCUUGUUGCUGUGCUGGAUGCCGUUGUGCGGGCUAUGGUCGAGGCCAAGGAUGACGUCUCCGUGGGUGAGCUACUGUCUGCUGUUGGGUAUCCGGAUUUGGAGAAGGCUCAGCGGGAGAUGACCCUGACACGAGCCGCCAGGUAA